GGUAACGUAAGCUGGUAGACUCUACGUGUGUUCUGAGCUGAGUGGCUCUGGCAGCUUUUUUGUUUCGUUUUCUCGUUCAGUUUCUCUGGCGAGGCUGAGAGAACUCAGUGGAAUAGCAGUACCGUGAGUUAGAAGCAGGGAUUUUGCAGGAGAUCAAUAGUUGCAAUACGAUGUCGCUUUUAGGUCUUGGAGGCCGGAGAUCUGCCUUCGCUCGCGGCCUAAGAUGCGUCAGCUGUAUGUCCAGAACGAAUUGCACAAGAAAGGCUGCAAAUGCGCACAAGCAUUCAAUAGUGCGCCCUCCAUUAGCCAGUCAUCCCUCCGUUGGAGCGAGAUACUUCCAAACUGCAUCAUGCCGGCACGCCAAGGUUGUGAAGCCCUUCAUUCUGAUCGAUAUGCAAGACGGAACGAGGCAGGUAACAGUCACUGAGUGGUUUGUGAAGCCCGGAGAUGUCGUCGGUAGAGCAGUCCCGAUUUGUGAAGUCCAAGAAGAUAAGAUGUCUGCUACCCUGAAGAGCCCAAUGGCUGGUGUAAUCAAGGCCACGUAUUAUGAGGUUGACCAGAUAGCAAAGGUCGGGGCCAAGCUGUUUGACAUCGAAGUGGAAUAUGACAGUGCCGUGCCCACAGAAGAAGAUCUACCGGUAGCAGCACCAGCAGCAUCAAUGCCAGAACCUACACUGAAUACACCAAGCAGUGACUGUGAGGAUCUCGGCAGAGCUCGGGUACUUGCCACCCCGGCAGUGAGACUAAUAGCGCGAGAGAACAAUGUUGAUCUUGGCACUGUUCCUGCCUCGGGCAAGCAAGGGCGUGUUCUGAAAGAAGACAUUGUUUGUUUCCUCUCUGAACUUGUUCGCCAUGGUCAACAAUCUUCUUCUCCUUCGUUCGUACUUUCACUUUCCUGACCACGAAUAUAAGCGGUACCCAUGCUCAGGACUCUGAGAAGCUGGAGGGACCCCACAAACCUCAAGCAUUGAGGAUACAACUUUUAACCAAGAACCAGGCAACAUGAUGUGCAUGUAUCACGUUCGCUGUGAUUGCAUCGUUUCAGGGUACACUGACAACAUACUAGUACUAGUAACUAGUCCUUGAUUAGCAGCAGUGGCCUGAAUUAUUGCCUGGCCGCUAUUCAUAUAAUCCUUUGGUGCUUACUCAUCGCCUUGUUCUGUCUCUAAAAUGGCGUAUGGGUGUUCUGAGGCUUGUAAUAUUUGCUCAAGCCGCGCAUUGGCAUUGGUGCAUGUCAGUAAAUGCCAGCCACUGCUGCCUAGCUCAACAUGUUUUGUAUGAUAUAGAGUGCGCUCUGUGUAUCUACAAUCGAGUGACCUGCUUGUGUGGGCUAACUGUAACUACACCAACAGUUGCACUAGUAUGUGCACUGUGCUGGCACAGUGUAUCAUACUCAGUCUUGUCACUUCUUCUCCCACGUUUACUGUAUUGUUUAAUUCACUGUACACAUCUUGCCCAGCUCCUCUAAGGCCACACAGAAUUAGUUUGUUGUUUUGGGCCACUACACUCAGCUGGUGUAAGGUUGGUCUGCUUCUCUCUUCCUUCUCUUCGACGUGUCCAGCCAAUCAUUCAUGUCAAGCUUUGCAUAACUUAGAUCACUGUAUAUACAGUCACCUGGCUGGAAACGUCCAUGGCUGCAAAAUCCCAUCUUUCUUGAGGGAUCCCAUUUUAUAGAGUGGACGACAUUCACUUUCCUGAUAGACUCACCUCAGAUGUUGGUACACUGUAUUGUACCCAUCCCUGAUUUGUACAUGCACCACUUUUUUGGCAACUCCGAACAGUGAGAAUGUCUGCUGUGGAUAGUUCUCAUGCUUUAAACUCAUUCGUAAACAAGUACGGUAUAAUACCACCAAAAUGUAGUUCAUUACAAGUCGUCGAUUAUGA